UCCGCCCUUCUCAAGAUGGCGCUGCUCGCAAUGCGGAAGGCGCGUGGGUGCUGGAGCUUCAUCCGGGCAUUUCAUAAAGGACCUGAACCGGCUCCCGCUCCACAGAGUUGUGGAGGCUGGGAAGUCCAAGAUAAGGUGCUUGCAAAUUCCAUAUCUGGUUCAACCUUGGAGAAGAGGCCAGAGUUGAAGAAUUCAGAAGGGAAACAGAAAGACAGUAUGGAGCGGAUAUUUUCUGGUAUUCAGCCUACAGGAAUCCUCCACUUGGGAAAUUACCUAGGAGCCAUUGAGAGCUGGGUGAGGUUACAGGAUGAAUAUGACACAGUGCUAUACAGCAUCGUUGACCUCCACUCCAUCACCAUCCCUCAAGACCCCACCAUUCUUCGGCAGAGCAUCCUGGACAUGACUGCAGCUCUUCUUGCUUGUGGUAUAAAUCCAGAGAAAAGCAUCCUUUUUCAACAAUCUCAGGUGUCUGAACACACACAAUUAAACUGGAUCCUUACCUGCAUGGUCAGGCUGCCUCGAUUACAGCAUUUACACCAGUGGAAGGCAAAGACUGCCAAGCAGAAGCACGACGGGACUGUGGGCCUGCUCACAUACCCAGUACUCCAAGCAGCUGACGUUCUCUCCUACAAGUCCACACACGUUCCUGUCGGGGAGGACCAAAUCCAGCACAUGGAACUAGUUCAGGAUCUAGCACAAGGUUUCAACAAGAAGUAUGGGGAGUUCUUUCCAGUGCCCAAAUCCAUCCUCACAUCCAUGAAGAAGGUAAAAUCCCUCCGUGACCCUUCUUCCAAAAUGUCAAAAUCUGACCCUGACAAACUGGCCACCAUCCGAAUAACAGACAGCCCAGAGGAGAUAGUGCAGAAAUUCCGCAAGGCUGUGACGGACUUCACCUCAGAGGUCACCUACGACCCUGCCAGCCGAGAGGGCGUCUCCAACAUGGUCUCGAUUCACGCUGCGGUGACAGGGCUCACCACGGAGGAGGUGGUCCGCCGCAGCACAGGCAUGGAUACUGCCCGCUACAAACUGGUGGUGGCAGAUGCUGUGAUUGAGAAAUUUGCUCCAAUUAAAAAUGAAAUUGAAAAACUGAAGAUGGACAAGGAAUAUUUAGAGAAGGUUUUACAAGCUGGGUCAGCAAAAGCCAAAGAAUUAGCCUAUCCUGUCCUCCAGGAGGUGAAGAAAUUGGUGGGAAUUCUAUAGGAAGUUUGAACCAAUCACAAAAGGUUUUUGUAUCUUAUAGUCUGUGCACUUCAACAAAGGCAGCUUUCUUUCAAACAAAAAUAAUUAAUUAAUAUAAAUUAUAGUUUGGGACAUUUAAUUUGAUAUGGCUGAUUAUUGUCUUCAUUUGAUGACAAUGCUUUGUAGCCCUCAAAUACAGCAAUGUUCCAAAUCCCAUCAACAAAAUGUUGUGAUCAGAAAAACAAAAACAGCAAAUUGUAAAAGGAGGUAUAGCAGUCCGAAUCCCCAGCUAUUUGAAGCACACUCCUUGGACUGAAAUAUCUGAACAAAUGUGACUGAGGUGAGCAAUAACUUGGGAAAUGAGAUGAUUUGUGCUCUUGAUAUUUACUGUAAGAAGUAUUCAUCCCAGCCCUUUUAAAAAGCAGCACACGAAUUGCCUUAGAUUUAUAAUCCUUCAGAUGCCAUUUGAUACAGUUUGUAUACGGGUCUCAUAAAAGUAGGUUGAUUAUUAUUGUUCAUCUUUUUAAUUUUUUUUCUUUUUCACUACAGUACUGGGCAUCGAACCCCAGGCCUCCCACGUGCCUCUGAGCUACACUCCCAGCUCCUGAAUUAAGUUAUUAAUAAGUCCCCUCUUUUUUUUUUGCAUUCCUUGGAAUUAGACUCAUCAACCCCCUAUGAAAUAUAUAGGAAAGGAAUUGCCAUUUUACACAUGAGGAAAAUGAGGCCCAGAGAAUACAAUAAACUCAUACAGUAUUACUCAGAAAGAAGCAAAUCCAAGAGUAAAACCUUUUAUAAAUUUUAAAAUAAAAGAGUAAAACCUUUACUCUUUCUAAGAUUAGUUUUUUUUUUCAUCUGUACUAUGAUGACUAUUUAUACCUAUAUACCUAGAAUGUUGGGCAAAUAAUUUUUUUUAAAUUUUACUUAUAGGGGCUGGGGUGGUGGCUCAGUGGUAGAGUGCUCGCCUAGCAUGCAUGAGGCACUGGGUUCGAUCCUCAGCACCAUAUAAAAACAAACUAAUGUAUACACCUAAAACUAAAAAGAUACAUAAAUAAAUAAAUAUUUUUUAAAAAUUUUACUUAUAGUAGAGCUGUCCUUUCAGCAGAACAGAUAUAAAUCCACAAAAUGGUAUCCUAGAGCCUAAAUUAAAAGAAGCUUAUGGGCUGGAGUUGUAGCUCAGUAGCAGAGCACUUGCCUAGCAUGUGGGAGGCCUGAGUUUGAUUCUCAGCACCACAUAAAAAUAAGUAAGUAAAGGCUAGGGAUAUAGUUCAGCUCGUAGAGUGCUUGCCUCGCAUGCACAAGACCCUGGCAUCAUACACGCACACAAAAAAAUGCAUAUAAAAAAGUAUGCAUUCAAAAUAAAUAAAUAAAAUAAAGGUAUUGUGUUCAACCACAACUAGAAAAUAAAUAUUAAAAAACAACAACAAAAAACACUUUUGAGGAUUCUUAGAGCUAGCCUGGCUCAUGGGAAAAGAAAACCUGUUACCUUUGGAUCUUGGAAUGGAAUGGAAUAUCUACAGUCCUAGAUCAUCUUUGGGUAUAUAUAUCUUCCAAGUCAUACUUAUUCUCUUUUUCCCCCUUUCAAAGGAAACUGUUAUAAAUACUGGAAAAUGUCAAAAUAAAGAUGAGUCUAUCAAACUAA